AUAGAUGGUAUAUUGGAUAUUGUUCAAAGUCAGGAUCCUUUUUGUCUAGACACGAGUAACAAGAGAGAGAUACUUGUUCAUGACAUUCUUCAUUUCUUAGCAAACACUCAUCCAUGGUACAAGAGUAGUGGUGUGAUGAAGUCCGACAUGGGUAUUUUAGAUACUCCAGGUGGUGUUGCUAAGAAGCCCGUUGAUAAGAAUUCCACUGUUUCAGCUCCAGGACACAAUCCUGUAGCUAAGGUCAAGUCGAGAUUGACAAUAAAUUUGCCUGAGGAUUGCAUUCCUGUCUUAAGCCAAGAUGAUCUAGUAUCUCCCAUUGGGCGUAUGAAUUUAUCACCGUGUUAUGUUGCUAAGGAAACUAGUAAGGUAGCAGGGAAGUUUGAAAUGGCGAACUUAUGUCAAAAAAAAUCUUUGGGUAGUAAAGAAACUCCUAUACCUGUUGGUGAUACAACACCCAAAGCAUUUCUGGAAGCUGGUCAGGUUGUGCAGAAACCUGCAACAAAUAAAUUAUCUUCAAAGAUAUUAAAUGGAAAUGAGCAAACUACUAUCCACAUUGGUGACAGAACACCGAAAGUAGAAUCGGUUGGGAAAGCACAUGAGGUUAAGAUCACUGGUGUGUCAAACUUCAAAGAUCGUCAAAAUCUUCUUUCGCAGAAUGUUGAGGAGGUUUACAACAACAACAUGCAUCAUGAAGCAUGCCAGUUAUUCAAGGCAGAAUGCAGCGCGCAACUGUGA